AUGUGGACCCCUCUUCAAUAUACAAUAAAUUUACAUGGUGAAGUUCAUUAUCCAAAUUUAUUAAUUGAGCAUAAUGAUUUAGAUUUUGGUUGUGUUCUUAAUGGAACAGAAGUAACACGUUAUGUAACAAUGGUUAGUGUAAGUCCAUUACCCGUUAAAUAUUUAUGGGUAUUUAUACUUGAUGAAAAUGAAAGAAAUUUUUCAUUUGAACCUCAACCACAAACAAGUAUUACAUUUCCACAAUUAAAUCAAACACAAAUUCAAAGUGGACCAUGGUCAGAAAAUAAUGAACAACCAACAACAUAUGAUAAUACAAAUUUAACACCAAAACUCGAAGAAAUAUUUGAUAUUUCAUCAUUUUUUGGAACACUUCAAUCAGGUGAAAUUGAAAAAUCAGCAAUUCGUUUCUAUGGUCAUCUAGGUAUAAAAGCAGCUGUUAAAGCUGUAUGUCAAGUUGAAAAUGGUCCUGUUUAUGAAUUAUAUCUUCAUGGUCAAGCAUCAUAUAUGGCAUAUCGUUUAAAUACACAUGAACUUGAUUUUGGUGAUGUACAUUAUGAUAAAACGGCCACACGUACAUUAACAUUAACAAAUGUUGGUUCAGUACCAUUAGAUUAUCAUUUUUUAAAUAUGAAUAAUUUAAAUGAUAAUACUCAACAGCAACAACAACAACAACCAAAUGCACAAAUUAAUGUUGAACUUGAAUCUGGUAUAUGUGUAUCAUUUAGAUCAACAAUAAUAACAAUAAAAUUUCUUCCAAAUAUACCUGAAUUAUUUGAAAAAAUUAUUUAUUUACAAGUAUCACAUUUUCAACCAGAUGAAAUACGUUUAAUUGGUAUUGGUAUAUUUUCACGUUUAGAAUUAAACUUACCACGUUAUAUUAUGGAUAAUAAUACAUUUGUUAUUAAAACAUUUAUACAAAAUUCAAAUGAAAUGACACAAUCAAAUGAAUCAAUUGAUCAACAAAAACAAUCUAUACAUUUAAGUAAUACAUCAUUAACACCAUCAACAGUAUCAAGUAUAACAAAACCAAGUCUUAAUAAUAAAUUAAUACCAAUUAUACCUGAUUAUGUUGUGGAUUUUGAUUAUAUUAUAUUGGAUACUGUUAGACAACAAAUUAUACAUAUAAGAAAUCCAAUUAGUAAUGCUAUUAGUUUUUAUUUUGAUCGUAUAUCUUAUAGAAAUACAGGAUUUUCAUUUGAUUGUGAUCAAGUUAAAAAUUUACCACUCGGUGAAUCAAUUACAAUAACAAUUACAUUUGAUCCACGUGAAGCCAAUCUUGGACUUGGUCCAGUUGAAUAAACACCAUUUCCAAUUGAUAGUAUUGAUCAAUCAACUGGUGGUGAUAUAACAUCAACAGCUCAACAACCGACAAGUGGUAUUGAACGAAGUGGUAAUAGAGGAACUGUAAAUUCUGCAGCUGAAGUACCUGAAUCCAUUGGUGAAAAAAGUGAAUCAACAUUAAAACAUGUUGCAGAAAAAAUUAUUAAUUAUGAUAUGACUCCUGUAGCACAAGCAUUAGCUCAUCAUUUAGGUAUUGAUUUAACACCAGAUGGAAUACAAGCACGUAAUAGACGUGGUAUUGCGAUUAUUGUUUAUGGUCCACCUGGUUCAGGAAAAACAAUGAUAUCACGUGAACUUAAUCAACGUUAUGAAUGUGCAUUAUUAAGUCUUGAUCAAGUUAUUAUUGAUGCUAUUGAUAGUUUACAACGAAGUGAAUAUGCACAACGUGCUUAUAAUGUGUCGUGA